AUGCGCUACACAAAUUUUAUAUUUGAUGGAAAAUAUCCAGUCAAUAAUGGGGUGAGCGUGGAAGGUGCCACGCACAAGCAGGUCGUGGACCUGAUCCGUGCAGGGGAGAAGGAGCUGGUUCUGGCUGUGCUCUCUGUUCCACCUCAGGAGGCCGAUGGGUUGGAAGGAGGAGAGGAAGUCCAACCCAACUAUGACUACAGCGACAAGCAGGCCGUGCCCAUUUCUGUUCCCACAUACAAACAUGUAGAGCAGCACUCCGAGAGGUUUGUGGUGUACAAUGUGUACAUGUCAGGUAGGCAGCUGUGCUCAAAGCGCUACCGGGAAUUUGCCAUCCUUCACCAGAACCUGAAGAGAGAGUAUUCCAACUUCAACUUCCCAAAGCUUCCAGGGAAAUGGCCUUUCUCCCUUUCUGAACAGCAGCUGGAUGCUCGGCGUCGAGGCCUGGAGGAAUAUCUUGAGCGAGUUUGCUCUGUGCGGGUGAUCGGGGAGAGUGACAUCAUGCAGGAGUUUCUCUCUGAAUCAGACGAGAACUACAAUGGAGUGACAGAUGUAGAACUGCGGAUAGCCCUGCCAGACAAGACCACCAUCUCUGUCAGAGUCCGCAAGAACAGCACCACAGACCAGGUGUACCAGGCAUUAGUGAUGAAGGUUGGAAUGGACAGUAUUAUGGCGAGCUACUUUGCCCUUUUUGAGGUCGUCAACCAUUCCUUUGUACGGAAGCUGGCGCCCAACGAGUUUCCCCACAAGCUUUAUGUGCAGAACUACACGUCGGCGGUUCCGGGGACUUGCUUGGCGCUGCGCAAAUGGUUGUUCAGCUUCCAGGAGGAGGAGUUACUAAGAGACAAUCCUCUGGCACUGCACUACUGCUUUCACCAGGCACUGGAUGAUGUGAAGAAGGGAUUCAUAAAAACAGAGGACAAAUCCUACCAGCUGCAGAAACUGGCAGAGCAGCGCAAGAUGGCCACGUACCUGAGCCUGUUGCGGACAUGUGAGGGCUACAACGAGGUAGUUUUCCCACACUGCUCCUGCGACUCCAGGAGGAAGGGACAUGUCAUCACAGCGAUCAGCAUCCAUCACUUCAAACUGCACGCUUGCACGGAGGACGGCACUUUGGAGAACCAGGUGAUAGCGUUUGAGUGGGGGGAGAUGCAGCGCUGGGACACUGAUGAGGAGGGGAUGGCUUUCUGCUUCGAGUAUGCCAGAGGAGAGAAGAAACCUCGCUGGGUCAAGAUCUUCACUCCAUAUUUUAACUACAUGCACGAGUGCUUUGAGCGGGUCUUUUGUGAGCUGAAGUGGAGGAAACAGGUUGAGGAAGAGGCGUCUGACAAAGACAACAAAAACUGCAGUAACAAUGAGAUUCUGCCUCCUCUGGAGACACAGCAAAAGGGAUGGCGCCACCUAGGGGGGGAGAUUGCAACUUCCUAAAACCGUUGGUCACCACACAAACUAGAACUGGUCCACUUGCAUCAUUACAGCCACCCCUGAGCGCGCCCAUCAACAAACACAGGACUGAGUGACGGACUGAGGCGAUCCACGCCCCCCGAAAACUGAACUGACGAAUGUGGGAAAUUGGAAUAGUCACACGUAACCAAACCCAGGGAUACACACAGCAAGAAGAGCAAUGAAAGUUAACAAAAGCCAGCUUUCAUGUCAUUUACUAGAUCUCCAUAGUGUGUCUGUUGUUUUCCUCCAUGCAAUCUCCCUGAGAUGUGGCAGGACACGAGCAAAAUUCUCGCCACCGGUUGAGAUCUAACGCAUAUCUACAGUGUGUGACUGGUCAGCGUCGACCACAGCGCUGCAGUAACAUUUGCUCAAAGCAACUUGACGAGGGAGCCGACACCUGGGGUUGGAUCCCGACGCUUGGGUCUCCUACUUGGAUGGAUUCAGCCUGAGGCCCCUCGACGCGGCCGCUGAUGAACUUGAGCUAUGUCGACGGAGAAGAAAACAAUAAGGGUUUUCACUUCUGUCAGUUAGUGACAAAGAAAGCAAAGUCAUGCUUUUACACUGAUGCUGGACAUUAACACAUAAAUGAUGUUUUCUAUCUGUGAGGUCAGAAGUAUUCUGUCUUUGUCAGAAAACAUCAGCGACACAAAUGUAACUAAAACAACUAAACAAAAACUGAUGGGAGGGAACACGUUUUUAAUUAUAUGUUUGGUUAACAUAAAUAUAGGUUAAUGUAAGACCUUUAAUAAUUGGUUUCUUGAUCUAACACAGUGAAACACUAACUGAAUUGCAUUCAAGCUGCUCUUUCUAAUCUUUGUUCAUCACUUCUUCUGGUUUAACCUUCAUUACUUGAAAACCACGUCAACCGUUAAUGUCAGUAUGGGUAUUCAAGUGUUUUAUUAUGGUGAUUUUGCGGAGUUGAGAGGAAAAGGCUUUCUCCUUCUCAUCUCUGUGCAAGAAUGAUGGGCCAAAGCUUUGAAGAUGUUGAAAUGUCACAUGUUCUGCGCAAGGAAUCUGGUCCGACGGAAUAUGAAUUUAAGUAUGGAGACGGGAGAUGUUUUGAGUGGGUGAGCUGCUGUUUUUCUGAACGGACAGCAGGGGGAAGCAGAGUGUAAGACAAACGUAGUGGGAUUUUGAAGAAGUAGAAAUCUCAUGGAGUGCUCCCUCGGGCUCUGUAACUCACCCAAAAGUAUUCCUCCGCUGCAUUUUGUCCAUUAACCACGUCAGGAGGACAGAUGCUGUAUGUGUGUUUGUGUGUGUGUGUGUGUGUGUCUGUGUGUUGAACUGAGCAUAGAUGGUGCAUGAAGUUGUGCGGCUGCAACCAUGCCCAUCAGCAUACAGAGCAAUGCAGGCAUCUGUCUGCCUCUUGAAAAUGGAUACAGUAUUAGCCGUGUGUGCAUAUGACAUGAUUAUAUGACACUUUUAUGAUUUACACAGAUUGAUUUUAUUUUGAAAUUUCAUUUCAUUUUAAAAUUUUCUGUCAGUUUGAAACAUUUUCUCUCACUUAAGGAAAUAGCAUCUGAACAGAGACGGUUUGCGCAAAUGAGCUGAUUUCUCCUGAAUGCGAUAAGAGUUUUGUUUAUCCCACGAAGUGCUAGUAGGUUUUUCCUCAGCCAAUUCAUUACUGACUCGCUCUUGUCCUUCACUCAACCUUCUGGCAGAAACCAAAAAACCUGAAACAGAGAGAUGUUUUUAUUUAAUCACUCUGAAUUGUAGAGCAGGUUCGACUUUAUAUGUCUCUUGUUUCGUACGAUCGAUCUUUUAGCUUCCGGUUGGAUAAAACGUCUAUUUCAUGUCAAGGUUUAGUCACAAUUUGCUUUUCAGUCUGUCAUCUUGGAGCAGGCUCUCGUGUUAGUGUGUGUGCGUGGCUGCUGUGUUUUGUGUAUAUGUCCUCUAUGUCUAUCAAUGACAUUGCUGAUAAGCUUUCAAGCUCUGAUUGGACGUGUCUGAUGAGCUGUCGGUGUGAGAGCCAGAAAAUGAAGAUGAGGUUUUUCUAUCUAUGUGAGAGUGGAGAUGCCAGACAGAUGGAGACAAAUAGGAGGCGUCUCCUAUUGUCAUGCUCAGAUUCCCAGCCACUCAGAGACACACAAACACAUGCAUAUCCCCGUCUCCCUGCUGCUUUGGUUUGACAAAAUUGUUAAAUUCAGCCUAACAAGCUCUUUUGUUAUUCCAGUUGUUGCCUCUUGAGGACAGGCAUCAGUUACACAACAGCCUAUAGCAAUACAUGUACGUACCAGACUGUGGCAGAAUGAUGUAUGUUUUACACUCACACCAGAGACGGCUGGAUUGAGAUGGAGACUGCAAUGUGCAAAUUGCUGGAUGGUCAUUUUGACAGCUAAAGUAAUGGCCAAUUUAGAGAUGGAUGACGAGAAUUAAAGCUGUUCAACCAUGCUGUUUUUUUCCUCUUAUAAACUCUAGAGGGAGGGUCAGAUAGAUUGUGUUGGGAUGUGCGAUUGUGUGUGUGUGUGUUGGUCUGUCCUGUCCUCUGCUCUCACUCCAGGUUGGUCUCCCGUCAUCACAGGGAGAUGUGGUUGCCGUGGCAGCACCACGUUGGCUCAACCCUCUUCUGUGUUCCUUUUAUUCCUGUCAGGCAACUGACUCAACGAUGUAUUCAAAUCAGUGUUGUUUUUUUAACCGUUUGAUAUUUGUUGUACGUCCCCGUGGCUCGUGCUGCUGUGAAUAUGCCUUUAGAAAACUGCUGUUUUUUUAUAAUUUUGUGUUUUCGGCUCGUCUCGUCCAUGCCACGUGCCACCCUCCGUUCUUCGGCAGUCGUUGGCAGGUGUGUGUACUGUCAGUCGUCGUCCGUCUCGGCCAUCAGUGAGAUAAAUGUCAUGGUAACGGUGUUUAAGUGAAAGCGGAGAGAUGACAGGAAUGUUAAGAAGCACGUCUUUGUACGGUUGGCCUGUGUUUGAUAGUUCUUGUUCGUCAGUGUGCACUGUGCUGUGGGCCACCUGUGUUUGUGUCUGAAAUGCUGGACAGGCUGAGCUUGUAAGAGAAAGAUUAUUUAUGAAAAAUGAUCGAACUUUACGGAUAUAAAGAAUGUUUCACUGUAAAACAAACAUGGAGGCAGGGGAGUGAAACUAAUUCACUGCGCAUGAAACUCAGAAACUUUGCGUUCAUCAGAACCUGUUGUUGAAGUGCACAUCAAAAUGAUGCAGUUGCUAUGGAAACCAUCAGUUUUUCAGAGUCUCAUGUGCCAAAUCAGCACUGAUUCCCAUCCAACCUCAUUCAGCUGCAGGUAACGUACAAGAUCUUUUCUGAUAGUUCAAAAAACAUUUUGCAGGGCUCUCGGACUGCACUGUGUGAGGCAGUGUUCUCACUUUUGACACUGUCCUUUUCAGUCGGAGCUGCCAGGUUAGUCUCAUCAAAAGCGCUUUUGUGUAGAUUUGAUGUUUGUCGACCUCUGGAAUGCACGUCCAGCUCAGAGGGGCAUUAGCUGCUGGCCUUUUAAUUUCAGCUGACGUUCCCUACCUAUGACUAAAAUGAAAGGUGGAUGUAAGUGCUGUUUGAAAAGUGUUAACCUUUAUGUAAUUACUUUCUGUUCAUUGCUUUCGAACAGGGCUUUUCCAUGACAAGUAGGCAGUGACAUCAAUUAAAAGUCUUGUAUGUUUGUCUUCAGCAUAACCUGUAAAUAGCUGUUUUAAAAAA